AUGUCCGAAGCAUACGAGCGCGAGCGCCAAAACAACGCCCGCCUGGAAGAGCUCUCGUCCAAAGUAACCGCCCUGCGCGGCGUCACCGUCGACAUCUACGACAACGCCCGCGCCCAAGACGUCAUCGACCACACUUCUGAUACCUUCACAUCCAUGGCCUCGCAGGUCAAAGGCUCCGCGACACGAUUAACGAGAAUGGCUGCGUCAGGGAACAACGUGGCGAUACUGAAGCUCGCGGCCAUCAUCAUUGGAGCCUUUCUGUUGCUGUACUAUGGCAUCAAGUGGAUUUUUUAA